AUUGCACGAAAAAUUUCCCUCCCUACUCCAUAGUCCGUCCUAAUUCUAAGCAUUGGAAGAGAUAAAUGAGCAAUGUUCAUCGUUCCCACUGUGUCUCCUUCCCUUCGAUCUCAGAAUUCUCUCUCGGAAAUGGCCACAGAUCUAGGGCUUCUCUGAGAGAUUAAAGAGAAAAAUGGCGGUGAUCAUCGAGAAUUCAAUUUGGGAACCAAAUCCGUCGUUGUUCAUUUUCAUCUUCCUCUCUUGUUUUCUUUCGAUCUUUCUUUUACCUUAUGCUUCCAAGAAUAGCUCCACAAGAGUUCCUGGUCCGCUUGAUCAUGGAUUUUCAUCCUCCUUUUCUAGUUUCCAGCGGAAGUUCUUGUUACUUUAUUCUCUUGCCUCAGUAAUGGACGGUUUAUGGUCAGUGUAUGGUGAAUUUGAGUUUACGUAUCGUGGAGUUAGCAGAGAGCAGAUAGUGUUGUCUCUGUGCGUUGGAUAUGCAGCUGCUCUUUUCAUCGGCACCUUUUUGGGUGUUCUAUCCGAUUUCAUAGGUCAAAAGAAAGUCUGUAUGAUGUUUUGCAUUAUACACCUUGUUAUUGGCAUAUGGAAGAGGAUUACUGUGCAUCCAAGUGUCUUUAUCGCCAGUAUUGGUUUAUCCCUUGCUACUUCAAUAUUUUCAUUCGGUUUCGAAACAUGGAUGGUACUUCAACAUGAAAAGCAAGGUCACAGGCAAGAUAUGUUAAGUGACACAUUUUGGCUAAUGACUAUAUUUGAGUCCAUCUCUUUGAUUGGAAAUCAGAUGCUUGUGAAUUGGAUGGUUGGCGAUAAUGUUAAGAGGAAUAUGUUUUCUCCUUCCAUUGUAUCUGUGUUCUUGGCGUUGAUAUGCAUAACUUUUAUCAUCAAAGGGUGGACAGAAGUGUCACAAAGAAUAGAGCUGGAGGACUAUAGAACUUCUUUCAGUUCCUAUAUUUUUAGUGAUAAAAGGAUAUGGUUAUUGGCAUGGGCCCAAGCUUCUAUUCACUUCUCUGUUGCAUUCUUUUGGAUUCUUUGGGCUCCAACAUUAGUGGCUGAUGGGCGGGAAGUGCAUCUAGGGUUGAUAUAUCCAUGCUUGCUGGGAUCAAGAAUCCUUGGAAGCUCAUUGUUUCCAUGGCUUAUGGGUGGAACAUCAUCCUUUCGGACCGAAGAUUGCUUACUAUAUUGCUUUAUUACAGCAGGGCUUGUGAUGUCAAUCGUUGCUUUUGAUUAUCAGGAGCUUGGAGUUUUAGUGAUGCUAUUUUCCAUAUUUCAUGUCUGUGUGGGUUUAAUUUUACCUUCACUUGCAAGAUUAAGGACCAUGUAUGUGCCAAACAAGUUACGUGGAGGAAUGAUUAGCUUAUCUCUGGCCCCUGCAAAUGCGACAAUUCUGUUUUUCCUGUUGCAGGGAGGCUACUACCGGCGCAUUGAAAAUUCAGUGAUAAUAGCAUUUGGCGCCCUUGGUCUUUUCACUUCGGCCGGCUGCAUGUAUGCAUUGAAGCGUUGGGGAAAGCAUCCAUAUCAGACAUGGCAAAAGCAGUGAUUUGUAAUCACAUUUCAAGCUUUCGUUUGAAGUUGGUAAGUUUCGAUUCAAGAGUGCAACUUCUAGUCAUAUGGUAAAGCUUGCAAGUUCAAGUAAUGGUAACUCGAUUUGGUUGCAAUUCCUUCUGAUGAGACGUUAAAUCAUUGCGAGCACGGGGGACUCUUCACCUAGAUUUUUACUGCUAUAGAUAGGUACAAGUAGCUGCCCCGAAGGUGGACCUUCAAACCUUCAACUCAAGAUAGGAAUCACAGGAUACAAACCUCAAGAACGAAUGCAUUUUCUUCCUCUGUGAGCUAAAGAGCAAUUAAAUGGUUAGAUGCUCAUGCUCAAGAUUUUGUAAUGUUUUGUAAACUUUGAAUGUUCCUUCGGACAUUUGUACUUAAUUUCGCUCAACUAGCUUUUUUCUUCUCUUUCCAUAACAAAUGGUUUAGUAUUAAUAAGAUUUUAAUAAA